AUGGGAGAUCAUGCUCUGGAAAUUGCAUGGGACAAAGUUGACUCAGCACUAACAUCAAACUUAUUAUCAAAAAUUACAAACAGCUUGGAAUGUUCAAUAUGUUCAGAGGUUAUGUUGGCCCCAAUGACGACAGAAUGCGGCCACUCGUUUUGCUAUGAAUGUCUACAUCAAUGGUUCAAAAAUAAGAUCAAUUGCCCCACAUGUCGGCACGAAAUUCAAACAAAGCCCGCAUUGAAUAUGAAGCUAAAUGAGAUUUCAAAGAACUUGACCGAACUUAUAAUUGAUGCCAAAUUGGAUCCUAAUGUGGAUUCAUUCGUGCUGCGUAAGAAGGAGGCUAUCUCGAACUACGAAUCGCAUGCUAAGAAGAAGAGAGUGUUUGGUGAACUCUUUUGUGGGUAUUCCCUAACAUUAAUAGACAAUUCGGAUGGAGUACCAAGGUGCGGAAACUGUCUUUGGGAAGCUCAUGGCACGGUAUGUUUGCACUGCGGCUCCAGAUUUAGAAACGCUGAUUUAAUACGAAGUGCUGAUGACGAUGAUGAGGAUGAGGAUGAGGAUGAAUUCUAUCAAGACGUGCCACAAGAGGAGGACCAGUAUGACUCCGAUGACAGUUUUAUUGACUCGCGGACUGCUGAGGAGAUUCUUGGGGAAAUGCAUGAUAACAGACAAGAGGACAGCGAUGUACAACAGAAUGCUUCACCUUCGGAAGAAAAUUUGUCAUCAGAAGAUGGAACCCAUGCGUUUCGCAAUUGGAUGUCAGGAAACAACCCAAGACUGCAUGUGAUAUAUAUAAGUGAUACUGACAGCGAAUUCGAGUACAACCCUCGAAUCUAUAGCGAUUCUGACGAUGACAGCCCGCAGCAUAUGCACUACGGGGGAGGCCCUGGAGGGAAUGUCAUAAUAGAUCUCGAUGCCGAUGAUGAGGAAAACGAUGCGGAGUUGAUUGAUGCACUAGCCGAAUUUCAGCACGGUAUUAGCGAAGACGAAGAAGGUGACGAAUUCCGUAGUCUACAUGAGGGCCAUGAAAAUGAAUACGAUGAUGAUGAUGAUGAUGAUGCUGACGGCGACCAUUAUGGUGACAAUGAUGCUGUCAAUAUAGAUAACUCGGGUCCUGAAGAGUACUAUGAUGAGUAUGAUGUUGACGAUGACGAUGACGAUGAUGAUGUUGAUGACGAUAACGACAACGACAAUGAUGACCAAAAUGAUUAUGAAGACGACUCAUAUGGCCAUUAUAACGAUUAUGAUGAUGAGCAAGUAUCUGACAGCAAUUGGUAA